AAGUUUUACGUACGCAAAUGGCGUAGGCAGCCACAUUGAAAGCGUAUAACGGGCAUAAAAUAGAGUAAGCUUGUAUUCAUAAUUCCCUUCUUUCUGCAAGAAAACAUAUGAUGGUCAUUCAGUGAAACGUGCCAAACGUACACGGGCUAAAAACCAACAGAAACGCCCAGAGCGCGUUUCCCACCUUUCAGCUUGAUCUGAGGUACUCUGUGCAGAAGGCUCCAUGUGCAGGCGGUGUGGAUGCUGAAGUUUGCAACAUAAAACAGCAUUGGAGCAGGCCAGCUGUUUGAGCAAAAAACCUAAAUAUGGUGAGGCUGGAGCUUGACCAGGUGGUGAUGAGGAGGAUGAAGGAGGAGGACAUCGAAAUUGUGAAAGCCCUUAUCAAGGAGGGCUGCGAGGGCACAGAAAAUCGUCUCAUCCUCCACAUCCUCACUCGCCCACUCUGCCUUUUCAUCCUGGCUGUGUUUUCCUCAAUUCUGCGUUGCCUUGUCCACUCUUUCAUCCUGGCCCUUGCUAUUCCUGUCUUCCUGUUAAUUGUCUUUCUCAAAAUCACCAUGCCGCGGUCAACCGGGGUCCUGGGCAGCAGCCGGCCCUACUGGGACUAUGUGGGUAGCAGCUACAGAGAGGCACAGGAUGACACCCUGCAGAAUCCCUACUGCCGGAUCAGUGGCAAGACACCAUUUACAAAAAAGCCAAAGCGCCGAGCUGGAUCCAAAGACAAGGACAAAGAGGCGACAACAGAAAAGAUCACUCCAGAGAGGGAGCAGGCAGCAGGGCAGGUCUGGCUGGCAGAAUGUGAGGGAGAUAUCCUGGGCUGCAUCUUCCGGGAGGGCGAGACACGAGCGGGCAUCAGCAGGAUCUGCAGGCUGGUGACAGGCUGUUGGUACCGCAGGGAGGGCCUCGGUCGGCUGCUUGUCCAAAGCCUGGAGCAGAGAGAGAGGGAGACAGGGGCACACAGAGUGUAUGCACACGUUCCCUACCCCUCAAAGUUGGGGGAAGCCUUCUUCAGGAAACUGGGUUAUUGCCAGCUUGGGGUGGAAACUAGUGAUGAAGAUGAUAAGGAACUGAAACAAGAGACUCCUGAGAGAGGCUUCCUGGGCUACCCCCUCACUAAAGUGUUUUACAAAGACUUGUGAUUGACUUUUAAUGGACACGUGCAGUUUAAAAGGUAAAGAAGUGCGUCUGAUUUCUGCGGCAGCAUGUUCAAGUAUUUCAUUUAUGUAAUCUUUGUGUUAUUUAUUAGAUUAUUUAUUGAGUGUGCUGCUAUCCCGAGGAUUCAUUUGUUUUGAGUUUAUUUUUUAUCAUCUCGUCAUUUUCAUUUAGAUGAAAAACUGAUUCUUUAUUUAAUCAUUCAAAGAUUGCAUGAUCAUGCCUCAGCUGUGCUGUUCUCUGAGCAUUUGUAAUAAAAUAAUAAUUAAAUUUCAUAUCUGUUUCCUUAGCUGUGUUUGUGCAGUUCCUUUUCUUAAAAAAAUCAACACUGUAAAAGGUGUGUGUGCGCGCGCGUGUGUUUGUGUGAGACUGCACGCAUUUCUUUGUGUGAAACCAAAUAGAUGUGUAGGAGGCUGUACAGUUACUGUAUAGGAAGUAUGUGCGGUUUCGUGAAUAUGCAGAAUUUAUCUACUUUUAUCUCUGCACUCCCUGACUGCCGCUGCUCACCUUCGUAAUAGCUUGUGGGUCGAUGAGGCUGCAAAAACAGCACAACCUCAAUAACGUUUUCUUCCACUUUUAGUUUUCUUUGUUAUAUUUUAGGCGAUGGUAAAGUUAUCAAUCGCAAAGAGAGUGCAUGCUAGUG